UAAAAAAACCGGGAAAAUUUAAGAAAUGGGAAGCUGGUGUUGCAGUCCGCAUCGGAGACAGCAGCAGCACCAAUUGCAAAGCAAAAGCAUUGUGAAUUUGCGGUGUAUAAUAUAUAAAAUAGAAAGACCCAUCAUCUCUUUAUAUUGCACGAUUCCAAGUCCAAGUCCAACUGCAUUGCAUUAAUACCGCUUCAGUUCUUCCUCCUUCGUAAUCAUAUUAGUAUUGUUUUCUCUUGCUCCCUCAUCGUAACUCGUGCCUGCCAUAACUUACACAUGCUCUCUCUCUUCUUCCUUCCCUUCUAAUAGACAGACUUUAAAAUUUAUGAUCUUUGAAUUGUAUUUUAUUUUGGAUUAGAGCUCAGCAGUCAGCAUUUCAUUUCUUCAAAAAUGGCCAUAGGAUUCAAGAUUUGUCGUUAAAUAACGAAGGUACUGUAACUAUAUUGCCGUGCUGGCCGUUUACAUUUUGUAAAAGAAGUCCACUUUUCUCUGUAUAAGCAUGAUCAACCUUAAGCUAGGGGUAGACGUGGUUAGUGCUCACAAUCUCUUGCCAAAAGAUGGGCAGGGUUCAUCCAGUGCUUUUGUGGAGCUCUAUUUUGAUGGUCAGAGGUUCCGUACCACCAUCAAAGAGAAAGACCUCAAUCCAGUUUGGAAUGAGAGUUUCUACUUCAACAUUUCUGACCCUACCAACCUCCACUAUCUUACACUUGAUGUCUAUGUCUACAAUAAUGUCAGAGCUACAAGCUCCAGAACCUUCCUUGGGAAGGUUUCCCUCACUGGGAAUUCAUUUGUACCCCAUUCUGAUGCCGUUGUCUUGCACUAUCCCCUGGAAAAGCGUGGCAUUUUCUCACGUGUACGCGGAGAACUUGGCCUAAAAGUAUAUGUCACUGAUGACCCAUCCAUAAAGUCUUCUACCCCACUUCCUGCAGUUGAGUCCUUGCCAGCUAAGGAGUCAGGUUUGAAUCAUGGUCAGGAUCACCUAGUUCCCCCUGUAUCAGUUUCUGUACCUCAGGAUAGAGUCCAGAGACAUACCUUUCAUCAUCUCCCCAACACAAAUCACCAGCAACAGCAGCACCAGCAUCAUUCUUCAGCUCCAGCAGUCACCCAUCAUGUGCCAAAGUAUGUGGCUGAUGAGAUGAAAGCUGAAGCACCACCUCCGAAGUUGGUUCGCAUGUACUCUGCAUCAGCAUCACAACCUGUUGACUAUGCACUUAAAGAGACAAGUCCUCUCCUUGGUGGGGGAAGAGUUGUCCAUGGCCGUGUGAUUCAUGGUGACAAGACUGCAAGUACUUAUGAUCUUGUCGAACGGAUGUUUUUUCUGUAUGUACGAGUAGUUAAGGCUCGUGACCUUCCUGCCAUGGAUGUUACAGGAAGUAUUGAUCCAUUCGUCGAGGUGAAAAUUGGAAACUACAAGGGAAUAACAAAGCACUUUGAGAAAAAGCAAAAUCCUGAGUGGAACCAAGUGUUUGCCUUUUCAAGAGAACGCAUGCAAGCUUCUAUAUUAGAAGUUGUAAUUAAGGAUAAGGAUCUUGUUAAAGAUGAUUUUGUAGGCAUUGUAAGGUUUGACAUCAAUGAGAUUCCAUUGCGAGUCCCGCCUGAUAGUCCUUUGGCUCCUGAGUGGUACCGGCUUGAGGAUAAGAAGGGAGAAAAGAUCAAGGGAGAGCUGAUGCUUGCUGUCUGGAUUGGCACCCAAGCAGAUGAGGCUUUUUCUGAUGCAUGGCAUUCUGAUGCAGCUAUGCCCCUAGAUAGUGUGCCUGCUGCCUCUACAAUGAUACGUUCAAAGGUCUAUCAUGCACCACGGUUGUGGUAUGUACGCGUUAAUGUUGUUGAGGCACAAGACUUGAUCCCAGCGGAGAAGAACCGUUUUCCGGAUGUGUAUGUUAAGGUGCAGAUUGGGAAUCAGGUGUUGAAGACCAAGACAUGUCAGGCUCGAAGUUUAAGUGCAUUCUGGAAUGAGGAUCUUUUAUUUGUUGCAUCUGAAACUUUUGAAGACCAUCUGGUUCUUUCGGUUGAGGAUCGCGUAGGUCCUGGCAAAGAUGAGAUAAUUGGGAGGGUCAUUAUACCACUGAGCUCUGUGGAGAAGCGUGCUGAUGAUCGGAUAAUUCAUUCCCGUUGGUUUAACCUUGAAAAGCCUGUUGCUGUGGAUGUAGAUCAGUUGAAGAAGGAGAAAUUUUCAAGCCGCAUUCAUCUUCGAGUCUGUCUAGAUGGUGGGUACCAUGUUCUUGAUGAGUCAACUCAUUACAGCAGUGAUCUCCGACCCACAGCAAAACAGCUCUGGAGGCCACCAAUUGGGUUAUUGGAACUCGGCAUCUUAAAUGCUGUAGGACUACAUCCUAUGAAAACACGAGAUGGGAGGGGCACAUCAGAUACAUACUGUGUGGCAAAAUAUGGGCACAAAUGGGUUCGAACACGCACUUUAAUUGACAACCUGCAUCCCAAAUACAAUGAGCAGUAUACCUGGGAGGUCUUUGAUCCAGCUACAGUUUUGACUGUCGGUGUAUUUGACAAUAACCAGCUUGGGGAAAAAGGUUCAAAUGGUAAGGACCAGAAGAUUGGGAAGGUUCGGAUUCGGAUCUCUACUCUUGAAACUAGCCGUGUUUAUACGCACUCUUAUCCCCUGCUGGUUCUUCAUCCUACUGGAGUCAAGAAGAUGGGGGAAUUGCAUUUGGCAAUAAGAUUUACAUGCACAUCUUUUGUCAACAUGCUUUAUCAAUAUUCAAAACCUCUGCUACCUAAAAUGCACUAUGUAAGGCCCUUUACGGUGAUGCAGCUAGACAUGCUUCGUCACCAGUCUGUCAACAUAGUGGCAUUAAGAUUAGGACGGGCGGAACCUCCAUUGCGAAAGGAGGUAGUAGAAUACAUGUCAGAUGUGGACUCUCACCUUUGGAGCAUGCGACGAAGCAAGGCAAAUUUCUUCAGGCUAAUGACCGUGUUCUCAGGAUUAUUUGCUGCCGGCAAAUGGUUUGGAGAUAUUUGCAUGUGGAGGAAUCCUAUCACUACAGUGCUUGUUCAUGUGCUCUAUCUUAUGCUUGCUUGUUUCCCUGAACUCAUUCUGCCCACAGUUUUCCUAUACAUGUUUCUGAUAGGGGUAUGGAAUUAUCGGUAUCGUCCAAGGUACCCACCCCAUAUGAACACAAAGAUCUCACAAGCUGAGACGGUGCAUCCAGAUGAGCUAGAUGAGGAAUUUGACACAUUCCCAACAAGCAGGAGCCCGGAACUAGUUCGAAUGAGGUAUGAUAGGCUACGGAGUGUGGCCGGUAGGAUUCAGACUGUUGUUGGCGAUAUAGCAACCCAAGGAGAGCGGUUUCAGUCACUGUUGAGCUGGCGAGACCCACGUGCUACUGCGAUAUUCAUUUUAUUUUGCCUUGUAGCUGCACUGGUUUUGUUUGUGACACCAUUUCAGGUGAUAGCAGCUUUGUCAGGCUUCUAUGCCAUGAGGCAUCCAAGAUUUCGCUACAGGACUCCAUCAGUGCCCAUCAACUUCUUCCGACGGCUGCCUGCUAGGACAGAUAGUAUGCUGUAAAUUGGAUAUUGGGUGCUUUAGACCGGUAUAUUAAAAUUUUGUAAGUGUUUUGCGCCUUUACCUGCAUUUUAUUUACUGUUAGUUCCCUGUGCUUCUUCUUUACUAUGUAUUGGCCAUCACAGUUGUAAUUGCUAAGAUCGACGAUGAAUAAUUUGCUUCUGGCAUAUGUGGCCACACGGAAAUAGAAUAAUAUGAUUAUGUUUUAUAAAA